AGAUAAAGAAGGCAGCUUUGAAAGAAAUUGCUGUGUAUCGAGGCAGUCCAUCUGAGCAAAUUGAAAAGAUUGCCUCUAAAUUCAAAGUUGCUGAUGUGGUGCCUCUAGCAUUUGUUAAGGCUAAGCCGGAUGUGGUUCUUAAGAAGGGAUUGUUUCCUCUUGAUGAUGAUAUUUGUAGAGAUACAGGUUAUGCGGGACAGAUGGAGUUUAAUAACUGGGUUGACGAAAAGUUUAAGUAAGACUAUAAUUGUGAUAUGUUAUAUUUACCAUUUUUUGCUAGAAGGAUUGCUUGAAUGUUUUUUUACCUCCUAUUUGUUCUUUUUUGUAGUCGAAAUGCUUAUGAAGCAGGUUUCGACAUUAUCGAAACUCCGUUCAAUUAUGGCGUGGAUCAGGUGGAUAACAAAAAUUGGUUUCAUUCGCUUAAUUACUCGGGUGAAUUAUUACAGUGUCGUCAUAUCAACAUUGUUAUGUACUACAUUCGUAAAAGAGCCAAGUAUAGACCUGUUGGUGGUGUGCGAAUUACGACAACUGACUGCCUCUUCGAUGAUAGAAUGACUUCAUACUAUGUGGCAUACUUGAAGAGGAAGAAGCCUGAAUCUACUUCAGUUACUGAUCGUAGUCUUAUUGCAAAGUAUAUUUGUGGAUACAAGAUGCUUUGCAAUACACAUUGGGAGAAUGUAGAUGAGGUGUUGUUUCCAAUGAACAUGAAGAAGCAGAAGCACUGGAUUUUGGGGCGUUUGGUCUUCAAAGAAAGAUGCAUAUAUGUGUAUAACUCUAUGAGUUCAAAUGUGGCGAAGAAGUCUGCAGUUGAAGCAACUACAAAAUAUUCUGUUCUAAUUCCACUUUUUUUAUCUCAGAUGAAUUUUUAUGAGUUGCGCAGUGACAUUGAUCUGACUUCUCAGCCUUAUUUGAAUAAGAAUUCAACUGAUGCUUUCCGUAUUGAAACUGUGGAUGAUCUUCCAAAUCAAAAGGAUUGGUAUGUUUUCAAAUUUACUAUUUGUAAAAUUAUGCAGUUUUGUUGAAUAAUUCAUUUUUAUGUUUUUUAUUCAGCGA